AUGUCGUCGCCCCAACUUCAGCAGCGACCGAGCGGUGGCGCGAGCCUGCAAGGAGACUUCCGCGUCGAAGUGCUGGGCACUCAAGAGUCGCUGGACCUGGACUGUGGCAAGUUUUACACGGAAUACAUUCUGCGCUGCUCGUGGAUCGAAAGCAAUCAGACGCCAGAGAUUUGGGACGUUGUGCGUCGCUAUCGCGAGUUCUGCGCCAUCGACAUUUUGCUGCGAGAAAAGUACCCGUCGCGCGCGCCAAUGUUUCCGUUCCUGCCUAGCAAGAAGUACAUUGGCUCGUCAUUGUCGGCCGACUUUGUCGACAAGCGACAGCGCAAUCUCGGCUACUACAUCAUGUCGAUCCUGCACAGCUGUCCGAUCCUCGUGCACGACGAGAUCAUUGACUCGUUCUUGGACAUCAAGCGGCACAUUCUAGAGCGCGUGCGGGAGGAACAAAGCGAUAGGAACUCGGGGUCGACGGCUGUACUCAGCAGCUACGGACGGCUUUCAUAA